CAGUGCGUUUUGCUCUGUCCUUUCGUACCUGAAUGGAACCUUCCUGUGCUUCAAGAGCGAAGAGAGCCAAGCGGGCGAGAGAGAGCUGCCCUUCUUUGCCCUUUUCUGUUCUUGAGGACGCGAGUUAUCCAAGUCUAGGCGGAUGCCGUGGUCUUCUCAGUGCUGAUGGGCAUGAGGCAGUGGUUGCCCUCAUAGAAAGCAGAUCACGCGAGGUGGGCUUGGCUGGAGUGUGCUGUCGGUCCAUGGAGUUUGAGUUGACGCAGUUCAGCGACACAACUUCAUACAGUCGGACUACAUCAGCCGUCCUAGCUGCAGACCCAUCUGCUGUGCUGGUCAGCGGGAAAAGAUCACAUCUUUGAGAUCAUCGACCGUGUAUUCCUUGUCCUCAAUCUGAGCUGCAGUCAGAGUCACGGUGAUGUAGUUCAGCGGCUGGUCGACCAGGAG